UCUCGCAUACGUCCUUUCCCCGUGCAGAAUGUGAGUCAUUUGACCAUUACAAUGUAAUGCAUAAAGUUUCAAUUUAUUUUAACUGGCUCUUUCACUCUACAGGAUGUGAGUAGGUUUCAAGCGCUAAGGAUUCUAUGCUCAUGACCCCCGGUAUUCGUCACGUGAUUGUAGGAUGUGGUUUGUGAGUUACCUGAGCACAGCAGCCAUCGUCUACAACCUGAAGUUUGAUUACUCGCCACUGUCACGUCAACCAAAUAGAUUGUACGCCAAAAUCGAGCGAAAUAUCAUUGUCAGCGUCCUUCAGCCUUUGGUAGGUUGUUCUUUCUCUGCAUUAAUUCUCAACACUAUGAGUGUGCAUCAGGUUGCGAAGGGAUCAUUGUUCGCUGCUGCUGCGCACAGAAUCAUUCAGACGGGUAUCGCUACUAUCAUCGUCCUCGAGUACUCCGCUUUUCUCCCGAACAAUUUGAAGACCUCGAAGCGCGUCGAGUCUGCCGUAGACUACUACCUGAAAUCUCCGACGGUUGUAGCAGUAGAGAAAGGAGCGCAAGAGAUUUCCCAUCAAACCUACAAGAAAGAGGAAUUGAAGCAGAAGAUUCUUGACUUUAUCCUUCAGCAUCGCAUAUCAAAAGACCUAACAGCAAAGAAGUAAAUGAUGCUCGAGCCAAGUUUCCUUUUUUUUCUCUCUCUCGUGCUAUGCACUUGUGUUGUUUAUGAUACCAAGAGCGUCAACUUCAGUUUCUGAGCGGCGCAGACUGUUAUGUUUCCUUGCUUCCGAUGCUCCUCCCCACGUCAUGUACUAUACCCAGCACUCCAGUUUGAGCUGCAGACAGUACAUAUCGAGUUUAAGAUCUCAUCAUAUCGAGUUUUGUUUUGUCUUAUGUCGACUCGUCAAAUGAUCGUUGUCCGUUCUCAUUUUCAAUCAUGAGAAUUCGAGAACUGGC